AUCUGUCAUGUUUAUUCUCUGAUGUCAAUUACAAGUCAAGUCACAAGACUUCCAGUGAAAUCAUACUAGUAAAAAGGGUGUAAAUUUUUGAAUUCGUUUAUCGAUAUAAAUUUUAAAAAUGGCAUCUAAUUUGACCGCCGGAGCGGAUCAUAACAUUAAAGACAUAAUUACGUCUUUGGAUGAUGAUAAAACAGAUAUGCUGGCUGCCACUAGUGUAUUACAACAAAGAGCCACUGAUAUUAGAAAUCAACAUGUCAACUGGUUAUCAUAUUUACAAUCCCAGAUGAUAUCUCAAGAGGACUACGAUUUUAUUGUAGCAUUCGAUGUUCCUGAUAGUGCGAAAAGAGAAGAACUUUUGCUAAAAAAUAGAAAUCAAUGCGCCCAAACGUUCCUGAAUUUAUUAGGUCACGUUUCCAAAGACCAAACGCUACAAUACAUUUUAGUUUUAGUGGAUGAUAUGCUACAGGAGAAUCGAAGCCGCGUGGAAAUAUUCCACGAAUACGCCAAUAAGAAGAAGGAAUCUGUAUGGGGACCGUUUUUGAAUCUUCUCAAUCGUCAAGAUGGUUUUAUAACAAACAUGACUUCGAAAAUAAUAGGAAAGAUAGCGUGUUGGUCUCAUACUCUAAUGGAACGAUCCGAUUUACAUUUCUACUUGACGUGGCUCAAAGAUCAAUUAAAAAUGCAGAAUAACGAAUACAUUCAAUCGGUAGCUAGAUGUCUGCAGAUGAUGUUACGUAUCGAUGAAUAUCGUUUCGCGUUCGUUUCCGUUGAUGGAAUAUCAACUUUAUUGUCUGUCUUAUCCGGUAGAGUAAACUUUCAGGUGCAAUACCAGUUGAUAUUCUGUUUGUGGGUAUUGACUUUCAAUCCUCUAUUGGCGGAAAAAAUGAAUAAAUUCAACGUUAUACCUAUAUUGGCUGACAUAUUGAGCGAUUCAGUUAAAGAAAAAGUUACUAGAAUCAUUCUCGCUGUGUUCAGGAAUUUAAUCGAGAAACCGGAAGACCAACAAGUUUCCAAAGAGCAUUGCAUAGCUAUGGUACAGUGCAAGGUGCUGAAACAAUUGGCUAUAUUGGAACAACGCAAAUUUGACGAUGAAGAUGUAACAGGAGACGUGGAAUUUUUAACGGAAAAAUUGCAGAGUUCCGUUCAGGAUCUCAGUUCGUUUGAUGAAUAUUCUACUGAAGUUAAAUCAGGUCGUUUGGAAUGGUCACCCGUACACAAAAGCAAAUUUUGGCGAGAAAACGCUCAAAGGCUCAACGAAAAAAAUUAUGAGCUGUUGCGCAUCCUUAUCCAUUUAUUGGAAACCAGCAAGGAUCCUUUGGUAUUGAGCGUAGCAAGUUUCGAUAUAGGCGAAUACGUCCGUCACUAUCCUCGUGGAAAACAUAUAAUCGAGCAAUUGGGCGGGAAACAAUUGGUGAUGCAUUUGUUGGGACACGAAGACCCUAAUGUAAGAUACGAGGCGCUUUUGGCAGUUCAGAAAUUGAUGGUUCACAAUUGGGAGUAUCUCGGUAGGCAAUUGGAGAAAGAGCAGAGCACCGAUAAGUCGACAUCUAAAGGUGGAGCAGCUGUUACCGGAAAAGCUUAAAAUAUCUGGUGGCAUCACCCUAUAUAGUAUUUUUUUUUGUUUAUUUUCAGAUGUAUAUAGAAACAUUCCUGGUUUGUUGUUGGUGUUAAUGCUUAUAACAAAUAUGCAAAUUUUAAAUAUAUCGUUUUAACCUCAAAAAAUAUUUUUUAAUUCAUCGUUUGAUGGGGUAUUUAUUAGUCUGGGUUGUUGGAGCGGAUAAGUUCAAAGUUUUAAAGAUUUUUUCCUGUUUUUUUCUCACUUCAAUUCACGAUUUUUUCCCUAUUUUUCAAAGUUUUCUUUCUCGUGCUUCUGUUUUUCGAUUUUCGAUUUUUUUAAAUUUGUGUCAUUUUAUACAAAAAAAAAA